AUUAUUCCUUCUAUAAAAAGGCUGCUAUCCCCACUAGCAGCACCCUGUAAGCUACUUCAGCCUCCAUCCUACUUGUUCCUCUGGUGAACCAGGUUAAUUUGAAUUUACAAAAGGAUGUCAAAACUCCUACAAAGCAUUGUUACUGUCAUCGAUAUUUUCUACCAAUAUGCCAACCAGGAUGGGGAGUGUGACAUGUUGAACAAGGCAGAACUGAAAGAACUUUUGGAAAAUGAGUUUGGUCAAAUUCUGAAGAAUCCAGAUGAUCCAGACACUGUAGAUAUCAUCAUGCAAAAUCUAGAUCACGACCAUAACAAGAAAGUAGAAUUUACUGAGUACCUUCUGAUGAUAUUCAAGCUGGCUCGGGCCUGUAAUAAAAUCAUCAGCAAAGAUUACUGCCAAGCUUCAGGGUCAAAGCAAAGAGAUCACAGUCACCAGGACCAAGAGGAACAGAGUGAAACAGAAGAGGAGGAUGAAGGGCAAAAAUCAUCUUCCAGUAACUUAAGUUGGAGUGAAGGAGAGAACGAUUCCCAUUCCAGAGGCUCGGGAGGUAGCAUUAGACACAGAUCUAGGUCCAGCUCCAGAAUAACUGGGCAUCAAGGAGGCUUGUCUCGUUGUAGGGACAGGCAAAGCUCUAGGGAAAGAAGAAGGGAGUCAAAUUCAGGCCACUCCAAGGGUAGCAAGAAAAACAAGCAUGGCUCUCAUCAGCACAAAAGGUCUAGGAGUGAAGAAGUUGGUUAUACUCAUUCAAGCAACCACAGAACAAGAUCAAACUCAGGAAAUUGGUCAGGUACUUAUGGAGAAGAAGGGCAUGUGAGCCACUCAGAGGAUCAGUCUUUCAGUUCUGCUCAAAACUGGUCUGACUCAAAUGAAUCUCUGGGGAAUAGACAACAUAAGAAAAAACCAAGCCAGUCACCUAGUAAGGAGCAUCAUGGAUUCAUCUCAGGGAGUUGUGGAGGACAAGACCACUGGUCAAAUUCAAAUGAGGCUUCUGUUUAUGGUCAUGGCUGUGGCUCAGGCCAGCCUUCUCAGCAGAGAUGGCACGAAUCAAAUGAAGGAUAUCAAUCAGGAAAUUGUGAACAAGGAAACUGUUCUACUUCUAGUUCGAGUGAGGUAUCUAGUUAUGGCCAACACAGGUCAGGCUCAGAACAACCAUCUAGCAGUAUCCAACAUGGGUUUAGAUCAGGUCAAUCCUCUGGCUAUGGACAUCAUAGAUCUAGCUCAGGCCAGUCUUCUGGCUUUAGUCACCACGGAACUGGCAUAGGUCAAUCCUCUAGCUAUGAACAGCAUAGUUCUACUUCAAGACAGCCACCGAACUGUAGCCAACAUAGACCUAGCUCAGGUCACUCUACUAGCUGUGGUCAAUAUGGAUCUGGGUCAGGUCAGUCAUCCAGCUGUGGCCAACACGGUACUGGAUCAAGUCAAUCUCUUAAUCAUGACCAGCAUAGGUCUGAAUCAAGUCAGACAUCUAGCUAUGGCCAACAAAGGACUGUCUCAGGUCAGUCUUCUGGCUGUAGACAACACAGGUCUGGCUCAGGAGAGUCUUCUGGAUUUAAUCAUCACAGAACUGGCUUAGGUCAAUCCUCUAGCUAUGAACAGCAUGGUUCUACCUCAGGACAGUCACAAAGCUGUGGCCAACAUGGAUCUAACUUAGGUCAGUCCUCCAGCUAUGGUCAACAUGGCUCAAGUCAGUAUUCUGGUCACAGUCAACACAGGUCUGGCUCAAGUCAGUCUUCUGGCCACAGCCGACAUGGAUCUGGCUCAGGUCAGUCUGCUAGCUUUGGUCAGCAUGGUUCUAGCACAAGAGAGUCAUCUGGCUUUGGUCAACAUGGAUAUGGCUUGGGUCAGUCCUCUAGCUAUGGACAACACAGUUCUACUUCUAGACAGUCAUCAAGCUGUGGCCAGCAGAGAUCUAACUUAGGUCAGUCCUCUAGCUAUGGUCAACAUGGCUCAAGUCAAUAUGGCUCAAGUCAGUCUUACAGCCACAGCAGACACAGAUCUGGCUCAAGUCAGUCUUCUGGCCACAGCCAACAUGGAUCUGGCUCAGGUCAGUCUUCUAGCUGUGGUCAGCAUGGUUCUAGCUCAAGAGAGUCAUCUGGCUUUGGUCAACAUGGAUCUGGCUUAGGUCAGUCGUCUAGCUACAGACAACACGGUUCUACUUCAGGACAGUCAUCAAGCUGUGGCCAGCAGGGAUCUAACUUAGGUCAGUCCACCAACUAUGGUCAACAUGGCUCAAGUCAAUCUUCUCGCAAUAGCCGACACAGAUCUGGCUCAAGUCAGUCUUCUAGCUUUGGUCAGCAUGGUUCUAGCUCAAGAGAGUCAUCUGGCUUUGGUCAACAUGGAUCUGGCUUAGGUCAGUCCUCUAGCUACGGACAACAUGGUUCUACUUCAGGACAGUCAUCAAGCUGUGGCCAGCAGAGAUCUAACUUAGGACAGUCCUCCAGCUAUGGUCAACAUGGUUCAAGUCAAUAUGGCUCAAGUCAAUCUUACAGCCACAGCAGACAGAGAUCUGGCUCAAGUCAGUCUUCUGGCCACAGCCAACAAGGACUUGGCUCAGGUCAAUCUUCCAGCUUUGGUCAGCAUGGUUCUAGCUCAAGAGAUUCAUCUGGCUUUGGUCAGCAUGGCUCAGGCUUAGGUAAAUCCUCUAGCUUUGGGCAACAUGGUUCUACUUCAGGACAGUCAUCAGGCUGUGGCCAGCAGAGAUCUAACUUAGGUCAGUCCUCCAGCUAUGGUCAACAUGGUUCAAGUCAAUAUGGCUCAAAUCAAUCUUACAGCCACAGCAGACACAGAUCUGGCUCAAGUCAGUCUUCUGGCCACAGCCGACAUGGAUCUGGCUCAGGUCAGUCUUCCAGCUUUGGUCAGCAUGGUUCUAGCUCAAGAGAGUCAUCUGGCUUUGGUCAGCAUGGCUCAGGCUUAGGUCAAUCCUCUAGCUUUGGGCAACAUGGUUCUACUUCAGGACAGACAUCAGGCUGUGGCCAGCAGAGAUCUAACUUAGGUCAGUCCUCCAAUCAUGGUCAACGUGUCUCAAGUCAAUAUAGCUCCAGUCAGUACAGUCAGUAUUCUGGUCACAGCCGACACAGGUCUGGCUCAAGUCAGUCUUCUGGCCACAGCCAACAUGGAUCUGGCUCAAGUCAGUCUUCUAGCUAUGGUCAGCAUGGUUCUAGCUCAAGAGAGUCAUCUGGCUUUGGUCAGCAUAGCUCUGGUUUAGGUCAAUCCUCUAGCUAUGGACAACAUGGUUUUACUUCAGGACAGUCAUCAAGCUGCAGCCAACAGGGAUCUAACUUAGGUCAGUCUUCCAGCUAUGGUCAAUGUGGCUCAAGUCAAUAUGGCCCAAGUCAAUCUUACAGCCACAGCAGACACAGAUCUGGCUCAAGUCAGUCUUCUGGCCACAGCCGACAUGGAUCUGGCUCAAGUCGGUCUUCUAGUUUUGGUCAGCAUGGUUCUAGCUCAAGAGAGUCAUCUGGCUUUGGUCAGCAUGGCUCUGGUUUAGGUCAGUCCUCUAGCUAUGGGCAACAUGGUUUUACUUCAGGACAGUCAUCAAGCUGCAGCCAACAGGGAUCUAACUUAGGUCAGUCUUCCAGCUAUGGUCAAUGUGGCUCAAGUCAAUAUGGUUCAAGUCAGUCUUCUGGCUGCAGACAACAUGGAUCUGUCUCAGGUCAGUCUUCUAGUUUUGGUCAGCAUGGUUCUAGCUCAAGAGAGUCAUCUGGCUUUGGUCAACAUGGAUCUGGCUUAGGUCAGUCCUCUACAUAUAGACACCAUGGGUCUACUUCAGGACAAUCAUCAAGCUGUGGUCAAAAUAUAUCUGGAUCAGGUCAGUCUUCUAGCUAUGGCCAAUGUGGGUCUGGAUCAGACCAAUCUUCUCACUAUAGUCAACAGAGGUCUGGAUUAGGACAGUCUUCUGGCCAUGUCCAGUGUGGCACUGGCCCAAGUCAGUCCUCUAACUGCAGCCAAUUUGGGUCUGGAUGGAGUCAGUCUUCUAGCUAUGGCCAACACAGAUCUGGUUCAGGUCAGUGUUCUACCCAGAGUCAACAUGGAUCAGGCUUGGGUCAGUGUUCUACUUCUGAACAACAUAGGCCUGGCUCAUGUCACUCAUCUAGCUCUGAACAACGUGGUUCUGGAUCUGGUCAGUGUUCUAGCUAUGAGCAAUAUGAAUUACAAGGGAGAUGUAGGUCAAGUUCAAGUGGAACUCAUGGUGGGUAUAGUAGAUCCCAAAUAGGCUCAACUCCCAAUCAAUCAAGAAGAAACAGCCAAGAAUGGUCAGGAUACAGUCAAAAAGAAAGAAGUAGGAGUUGUAGCCCAACAAGUAGCAAGUCUGAUGGAUAUGAGAGUAUUUGUGGACAAUCAGAAACAUGUAGGCAACAAAGCCAAGGAUGCAGCCAGGGUCAAACAGAAUCUGGCUACAGCUAUUCAAAUUGUAAUGAAGGGCAACCAGGAGGUAGUUAUAGACAAGAGGAAAGCUCCUCAAGUUGUGGCUUUAGACAGUUUACACCGUCCUUUGGAGAAUCUAGAUCUAACACUAGCAAUACAUUGUUAAUUUGCAAGGAGGAUAACAGACAAGGUGGCUAUUAUUACCAGAGAGAAGGAGGUCACGAUGGAGGGAGAGAUACAAACUCAAGUUUCUACAAGUUACGGACCAGCACUCCACUCUAUGAGUAUGUCCAAGAGCAGAGGUGCUAAUUCAAGUGAUGAAUAGUAAAUAGAAGUGAAGUUAACUCAAUUAGUAACUUAAAAAAUAUGAAAUUUACAUACAAGCAAUUCAUUACAAAACUUCUUUCUUAAAGUAGAUAUAUCUAUUUCUGUCUUUUCCUUUUAAACAUGUAACUGUACUUAAUUCCUUAUUAUUGUGUUCCUUCCAAAGAAUGUAGGGUAUGGGGACUACUUUGUUAGGAAAUACAGAGUUGAAUAAAUGGUGUAUGAAAAUAAAUUCAGAAGAAUAAUGCUAAACAUUUAAGGAGCUUGGGGUUUAGUUGAAGUGUCUUUUUGACAGCUCCUUACUCACCAUAUGAUGCCAAAACUAAUCUUUCAUCUCCAAAAAGCAAAAAAUUAUAAAUGUGUCACCAGUUCUGGAGCCAAAGCUUCUCUUAUAGCAACAUGGACCAUAAUUUUCUGUAUGCUCCACAAUGGAUGGUGGCAGAAAAGACCCUAAAAGCAAAGAUGUAGCAUCAAUAGCAUCUUUGCUUAUCAAAAUCACCAAGCUCCUUUUCUUAGCUACAUUUUUAAUGAGUAAACUAACAAGAGGCAUUCUACAUUGGCACCAGGUGCUUCUUCCUAACCUGUGAGUGACAGCAUUUUUUUCUUAAAGGGCAGGGAUGAAUCAGUUCAGGAUUGAAGGAUCUAAAUGUUAGCUCUGACUUGGUUUCAGCAAGAAAGAUUUUGAUUCCUACUACUAAGAAUUUCCUCCAGGUUAAAAAACAAAAAUUAGAAGAGCAAGAGCAUGAAAACGCAAUGGCUUCAAACUACCUCUGUAGUUCACUGGCCUUCCUCAGAGGAAAAUAUCAUUUAUACAGCAAUGGAACAAAAUACUGUCAGCAACUACUUUACAGUUUCUUAGUUUGACUGUAGUAUAUUUGUUUCAAGUCUCUGGAUUCAAAUAACUGACUGCAUUAAAAUUGACAAUAAAUAAUGAUCAUGAAAUA